CCACAGAGUGAGGUUAAAUAGUAGUAGAAGGUAGAAGACUCUUCCUUGGUAAGUUUGCUGUGGUCAUCAUCUGCUGAAAUGGAUGUCAACAUGGUUUCCCUUGGUCAGACUAUCUUGGAUGGAAUCAAGAGUGUGGAUGCAGGACUCUCUGUUGUGACCUUAGGUCAGAUCCAAUUGCUUAAUGGGUGGAAUUAUAAGACCUGGAGAAAUCAAGUAGAGUUUUACCUUUCCAUGCAUCAAAAUAUGGAUCUCUGUCUGAUUGAAGAACAGCCACUUGAGCUGGACACAUAUAGCACUGAAGAGGAUAGGAAGUACUACAAGGAGUGGUACCAAUGCAACAGGAAGGCCAAGAAUAUAAUUAGGAGCACGAUGUCCAACACUGUUAGAGGGUCAAUAGUAGAACCAGACCUAGCUAUGGACUUUUUCGAAGCUAUUGUUGAUAAAUACUGGGAAAGUCAUAAGGCUGAAGCAGCUAGGCUUUCUAAGAGGUUCAAUGAGCUGAAAUUUUAUGGAAGUGGGAGUGUGAGAGAACAUAGUAUGGAGCUGAUAGGGAUCAAUGCUAGCACUGUUUUCCUUGCAAAGUGA